AGAGCAUAACGGGAGGAGCGGCGGAACGCGCUAGGGGCGCGCGACCUCUGAAAACGGAACGGAUUCUGUGGAAGACUAGAGCGGCGCUCUGGGUACUGUUGGCAGCUUGGGAUUACCCUCCUCUUGUGGAAACAGCAUUGUCCGCGCGGUAGGAGCCACCCCCAGUUUUUUCGAGUCACUCAGUGACGCAGUUCCUGAGCGCGCCAAUGAGGGGCUGGCUGGAGGGCGGGCUCUUCAAAUUUGAAUUCCCAAACUGUUGUGGGUGUCGGCGAACCUCGCGGAGGAAGUGAGGGUCACCUGAGGCUCGGCUGCGGGGCCUGGAGCUGACUUGGGUGGGAGGCGCGAGCCCUGGGAUCGCCCAACCCACGCGAAGCCAAGCCCGGACUGCCGCCUUCUAGCCCUGUCAGGCUCUUCACCCAAGGUUCCUCUGGGCCCCUGCUGAAGGUCUACUACCCUGAACAUUGUGUUUAACUGACCUACUGUUAGAGAAAAAUUGUUUCUACUGUUUAUCAAGAUGAUUGCAACACCUUUGAAAUACCCAGAAAUUCCUUUGUCUUCAGAGACCUCUUCUCCAAGAAAGAAUAUGCCCAUGCAAGCAAUCUUUUUUGACAGCAUUCCUGCAGGCACACUUACUCCUGUGAAAGAUUUGGCAAAAUAUCAGAUCCCUUUUUUAACAUUGAAUGACUAUAAAAAGAAAAAUUUCCUAGAAAUGACAAAUUUUAAUAAUAAAAAUAUAUUUCAUUCCACCAUGCUAGCAGAGGCUACCACCUCUAACAGCUCUCUUGAUAUCAGUGCUAUAAAGCCCAACAAGGAUAGAUUAAAAAAUAAAACAAACUAUGAAUCACCAGGAAAAAUAUUUCAAAGAAUGAAAGAAAAAGUACUGCGUGACAAGCAAGAACAAGCAUCAGGAAACAGGAGUUUGUUGGAACCACCGAAAAGUGAAAAGAAAAUUUUCACUCCUAAAGGAGCUGAGAAAAGACUAUUGCAGUGUACCUACAUCUGUGAAGAAAAGGAAAACAACAAAUCAUCCCAAUCAGAUAACAGUUCACCAAAAGAGGUUCCAUUUCUGAACCAAGAACAUGAAAAUGUUUCAACUGCUGGAUUCUCAAACAAAGCACUACCUAGAGCUCAGUUGGCUAAACAAAUUCUUCACUCAAAGGAGAAUACAUUUGUAACCACUAAGUCUAAAAAGGACACCUUUGUUUUAGGAGGUGUUGAUUCUGUCAUUGAAAAAUCCCAAAAUUCUACUCUUGAGACUCUCAAUACUAACUGUGUUCCUGUUAAAAAUGAUGGCCAGUCAGUGGUUUCUGAUAGUAAGAUACCAACAGAAAGGACUUCACAACAGGAGUUUAAGGAAGGAAAUGAGAACACAAUGCCCAGAGAGACUGAUGUCCUGGUUUCCAUGAAUGAUACAUGUAAAAUUGUGCUUGCAACUCCAAGAUAUAUAACAAUACCUCGGAAAUCAAAAAGAAAUGCUUCAAAUCAUUCUCCAAGUGCACUUCAAACUCUUACAAAUGAAGUUAAAAAAAAUAAGGUGGUCCAGCUACAGGAAUGGAUGAUUAAAAUCAUAAAUAAUAAUACCGCUAUAUGUGUAGAAGGAAAAUUGACAGACAUCACUAACAUAUAUUGGCACAGUAAUGUCAUUAUAGAACGGAUUAAGCACAACAAACUUAGGACUUUAUCAGGCAAUAUUUACAUAUUAAAAGGGAUGAUAGAUCGGAUUUCCAUGAAGGAAGCAGGAUAUCCAAAUUAUCUCAUAAGGAAGUUUAUGUUUGGCUUUCCAGAAAAAUGGAAAGAGCAUAUUGAUAAUUUUCUAGAACAAUUAAGGGCUUGUGAAAAGAAAGAGAGAAAGGCCAGACAAAAACAGAAAAUGAGAAGAUUUGUCCCUGAUAUACAAAAAUCAUCAAAAAAUGAUGUGAGAGAAAACCAAACAGAUGUCCUCCAAAAAGCCAGCACUACUUAUGACAUUGAUUGUUGUCAUUUGGAAGUGAAAAAUAGUAAGCGCAGUAGGUUGCCAGGAGCCACAGAAUUAAACGUGUGCCAUGGUAAUUGCCAAAAUAAACCACCAUUAAGGCUCCCAGAUGACCAUGUAAAUAAUACUUUUCAAAAUGGAGGAGGAAAUGACUUAUCUAAUGAGGAAUUAAAUGGGAAGAAAGAAUAUGAAAACUUGUCUUCAAAGAAACUUGAAAAUUGUGAAAGAGCAGAUGAAACGAUAAUUAAAAGUCAGAAGCAAGAGAGAACUGAAGAACCGAAUGUAUCCAUUGACAUUCUAACCUCAAGACAGCUGUUUUCCUCAGACAAAGAAAGAAAAUGUAUGGCUCUUAAUCAGAAGGAAGCUUAUAUUUUAGUGACACCACUUAAGUCUAAAAAAGUGAUAGAACAAGAAUGCAUGAAGUAUAAUCUGUCCUGUGGCACCAUUAAAGCAGUAACAGAUUUUGCAGAGCCAAAUCAUCAGAAAGAAAGUAAAACAGACUUAAAUGGAACUGUACAUUUGAUCAAUAAGCCCACAAAGAUUUUCAAAAAUGCAUUUGAGUGUAGUGUAGAUCAGAAAAAUAAAAACAAGGAAGAUUGCAAUGAAUGUGAUUUGCUCACUGUCAACCAGAAAAUCAAAAUAUCUCAUCCUAAAAAGGAAAAGACGGUCACCUCCAAUUUUAAGAAAAAUACAAAGUUGUUACCAAAAUUGAAGAAAACCAAAAAGGCAUCUAUGUCAUUUUAUGAGCAUCAGUCUUCAUCAGAUUUGUCUAGUGAAGAGAGCGAAACAGAAAAGCGAAUUAGAAAGAAAGCUGAAAUUGCUAAGAAAACCAGAGCAAGGAAUACCAAAGUGGUUCACUUAAGGAAAAGCACAAGAACCACCACAAGGAAAAUCCCAGUGAUUUCUGAAUCUGAAACUGAAGAAAGUGAAAGUGAAUUUUAUAUCAAACAAAAGAAAGCUAGAUGUUCUGCUAAAGAAAAUCUUCAGAAAGCUGGUAUUAGGAAGGAGUCUCCAAUUAUUGAGGCAAUGGGCUCUAAUGAGACAAAUAGGCAUUCCUUUGAAUGUUUUCCUGGUAUAAUUCAGGAUGAAGAAUGGAAUGAGAAGGAAUUACAGAAACUUCAUUGGAGGCUUUCCCAAGAGCUGACAAGAUGGUGGAUGUGGAACAGCAGAAGCACACCUUCUGCAAGUUCAUCUUUGGCAUCGCAGACCUUGACCAGCUGCUAUACAGUCCUAGGAGGUUGUUGCAGAUGAUGUAUGGUGCCUAGCCGCAGCAGAGAUGAAACUGGAGUUUGUGGGAGAAGCCAUACUCACUGCUGGAGCACCUGUGCAAGACCAAGAAGGAAGCUCCCCCGCCAUGGCAUAGUCCCGAGGUGCUCCUGCAGGACAUGAUCACCAUGCCCAAGAUGGUGGGCAAUGGUGGGGGGGUCUAAAGUGGCAAGACCUUCAACCAGAUGGAAAUCAAGCGGGAGAUGAUUGGCCACUACCUGAGCAAGUUCUUCACCACCUACAAGCUUGUGAAGCACUGCAGGCCUGGCUUCAGAGCCAUCUACUCCUCCUGCUUCAUGCCUCUCAUGUAGCCUGUUUGGCCAAUAAAGGCACAGAAUUCUUUAGUCAAAAAUUUUUAAAAAGCUCCAGGAACUAAAAGCAACCAUUCUUGAAAAGAACAGAAAUUCAGAAAAUUUGACAGAAGACAAAAAGGCUCAAAUGAAAAUUUUAUAACUGGGAAAUAGAAUAAUCAAAAUAAAAAACUUAGUAGAUAGGCUCAGGAACAGAAUGGAAAUGAUGAAGGAGACAGUCAAUAUCAGAAAUGAAGGAAUAACAAGAGAAAUGGUAACUAUCUGGGUAAAUACAACAUACUGUUUUCUUGAAUUCUUUAGAAUGUUUACUGGUUGAUAGCCAAUAUUACAUUGUAUGGUGGAAUUUUGAAUAUAUGAAAUUUAAUAUAUAAAACAACAAUAUAGAGAGAGAAAGGAUGAAGAGACUUAUGGUAAAUUUUCUAUUCUACUCGAAGCAGUAAAAUAUUGAUUCUAAGUAGAUGAUUAUGUUUGUAGUAAUCCAUAGAGCAACUACUAAGAGACUAUAGAGAGGUAUUUUCAAAUAUACAUUAUAGAUAUAAUACUAAAAAAAAUUUUAAUCCAAAAGAAGACAGAAAAGGAGAAAUAGAGA